UCUCGACUUCUGAUUGGACGUUAGCUUCUCCGGGGAGGAGCAAGUUAGUGUGCAGCAAGCGGAGUGUACCGUAGGGUGGGCGGACCGUAGCAGUGACAGCGACGCUUGGAGAGUCCCGACAAACUGUCAAAAGCGGACAACUAACGUCAUGGCGGAGUUAGACCUGAGUCUGAGCGACGCGCUGACAGACAGCGCUCCCCAGCCGGGCCCGGAGGCCCGGGUGGAGCGGGACUUCGUAGCCGAGCUGGAGGCGGAGCCCUUCGAGGAUCAGGUUGGAGAGAGUGUGGGAAAGACGGAGUACAUCCCCCUGCUGGACGACGACGACAACAGGGCAGCCGCGGCUCCUGCGCUGGAGAACGGGCAGCAGGAAGCUCACGGGGUGCAAAAGCCUGGUUGUCAGCUGACCACGGGGGGACCGGCUUCUGUUCCACACGCAGAGCCACAAGGAGAGGUACGAGUGCACUCGCUGGACCAGAGGCCGGCCGUGGCUGCAGACCUCCUCUCAGCCCCCAUGGCAGGUUAUUCAGAUCCUCUGGCUUCUCAGACCUGCCCUGCCAACACCAUGGAUUCUGGCCUGAUGGGAGCUUUGUCAGGCUUAUCCCAGCCUGAUGUGAUGGGGACGAACGUGGACGUGGGAGCUGCAGCAGUCCAAGGCGGCAGGCCUCCCAGUAUAGCGGAGCCCCAGCAUCCCACACCUCCAGCAGCGUCCGAGGCCCCCAAAGAGCACAGCCCCAUGCUUCCUGAACCCCAGCCCCCUCGCAGCCCUUUAGACCUGCCAGCAGGUGCCUUAGGUGACUUCUGGCAAGACCCGGCUGGCAUCCGACCAGCAGACCUCCCUUUCACUCCCAGUGUCUCCACCAUGAUCAGUCGCCAUGCUGGCAAUCUUGCAGCCAGCCCCGAGGAGCCGCCUGACGGCUGGGCCACGCGGGAGAGUAGCGCCUACGCAGGGGGCGACGAGAAGGAGGGAGACGGCUCGGACCGCAAACAGAAGAAGAAGAAGAAAAGACGACAGAAAGACGAGGGAGCCUAUGAUUACCUCGAGGCCAGGGGCCACUCGGAGGCGCAAGCACAGGGAGACGACACGCCCGCAGAGGAGUUCUACCACAGAAUAGGUCCGAGGCGGGACAAAGAUGGUGGCUGGGAGGAGCAGCUGGGAAAGGGGGGGGGCAGGGGGAAGAGAGGAAAGAGCAGGAAGAAGCUUCCAGAGGAGUGGGCGGUGAUGGCGGAGCCAUUCGUUCCUUCGUCGGCAGCAGCCUCACAAAUCACAGAGGUGAUGAUGGACACGGGGAGUCCAGGCCAAGCAACCAGCCAGAGCCCCUGGACGAAGGAGGUCCAGUCAGAUGACAGCCCUAUCUCCGCCCCCGUGUCCCAGGACCUGACCCCAGCUUCUGUUCCCAUCAGCCCCCUGGUCCUGAACAGUGAGCUGAAGGCCACAGCAGCUCCAUUCACCAUGCCCUCCACCAACAUCUCCCUGCCUGUGGCCCUCAGCCCCAGUGACCCAUUCGAUCUGCUGAUGGAUGUGGAGAAUGGCAGCAGCCAGGCCUUCUCUCCACCUUUCUCUCCAGAGGGCAAAUCAGCGGCUGCUGAUUUGGUUGAUAGUGGGAUAUUUGACAUCUCCAGUUCUCUCCACCAGGCUUGUGUGCAGGUCCUCCCUGAGGGAGACAUUUUGGCCUUCAGCCCCGCCCCCCAGCCGAACCCGGUCAUUCCCCCCAAAGGUGAGGUUUUAGCCUCAGCUCCACCCCUCUCACCCUCUGAUGCCUCAUGGCUCCUGGGCGAGUCGCAGAUUAGCAGCAACACAGAGCUUUUUGACUUCAAUAGCAUGAGCCCGUCGGGCGCUUUGCCCCUAGGCUUGUCCUUGGACGCCCCGAGCCCAGCGCCUCUCCGCUCCCCUAAAACCACAGCGCAGGAAUUCCAGCCCAAGGAGCAGAAAGAUGCCAAAUCAUCCCAGAACCAAUCCAAGAAGCAUCACUCUUCAUCGGCUUGCUCCCCUAUAGCCAGCCCCGCCUCCCCAGGAGAUAAACAGCUUCCUCCCCAGGCAUCCUCCCCUUCGUCAGGUCCAGGAUCUGGUCUUAACCCUGCAGCUAAGCCCUUCUUCCCCAGCUUUGCUGAUCCCAUGGACGAACCAGCUGUGGCCCCUGUUGCCCCUGUGAUUGAAGUUAAAUCAGACACGGUGGAGAAGACGGAGAAGAUUGAGAAGAAGGAAGAGAAGCCGGAGGACAACGUCAAAAAGGUGGAUGUGUUCGACUCAGAGCAGAAGAGUGUGAAGGUUGAGUUUGUGAACAAGGAAACUCCUGUGAAGCUGGAAAAAGAAACGGAGAAGGAACAUGUGAAAGAAAAGGACAAAGAGGCAGAAAAGGUAAAAGAGGGAGAGAAGAUGAAAGAGGCAGCAAAGCCAGUAGAACAAGUAGAAGAGAUAAAGAAGGAGAAAGAGAAAGUGGAGAAAGCAGAGAAAGAAGCUGAACUGAAGAAGACAGACGAGUCAGCAGCGAAACCGGGGGAGGGAGGUAAAGAAGACAAGAAGGAGAAGGUGGAGAGCGCCGCUGAGAAAGCUCAGACUGUGGAAAAGGUGGUGAAGGUAGAAGAAAAGGCGGAGAACAAAGACGGCGAGAAGACACCGAUGAAGGACGUCACGGAGCAUUUCGCUCCAGUGGAGAAGUCUCCAGAGCAACAGCCGCCGCCCGCGAAUGCGACCGAGGCGACGGCACAGGAAGCCACGCGACCACAGCCUGACGCUGACAGAGCCGAGAGGACGGAGGAGGAGACGAAGCGGGACGUGGCCCAGAAGCCCGCGGACACGACGGUGCCAAAGAGCGAAGCGAAGGACGAGAAGAAGGAGGAGAAGAAGGACGAAAACAAGGACGAGAAGAAGGAGAAGGCGGCGAAAGCAGAGGCGGUGGACAAGGCCAAGAAGACCAAGCCCACGGCCAACGGAGGCAGUGCCGCAGCCGGCAGAGGCCUGGCAGCCGCCGACAAGGCGAAGCCGGCCGCCGGGGCCGCCAAGCCCAGCGCCGCCGCCAAAACGCGGCCGAGCUCCGCGGCCGCAGCCUCAGCUCCGGCCCCGGCUGCGGCUAAGCGCCUCAAACCCGCCCCUGCCUCCACCCCAGACAAAAAACCCAGCACGGCUAAGGCGCCGUCCGCAUCUGCUGCUGGCCCAAAGCAGCCCGGCGCCACCACGGCCAGCCGCCCCUCAUCCUCCACCGCCACCAGCACGCGCGAGGUCAAAGCCAAGACCACCACGGAGAAGCGCCCCCCUGUGCCAAAGGCCGGCACUGCCGCUUCCAGUCAGACGGGCUCCGCCGCUGCCACCAAAAAUGGAACCGCUGCCACAGCAGCCAGUAAAACUGCGGCGUCGGUGCGCACGACUGCAUCUGCUCGCACCACGGCCACCAACGCAGCCAAAAAGCCUCCGGUCUCGAAGCCAGACCUCAAACCUGCAGAGAAGAAGCCCAGCGCUCUGAGGACGACCACAGCCAACUCUGCCAGGCCUAGGCCCGCCACCACCACCACCACCACCACCACCACCACCACCCGCAGCUCCGCUGCCAGCUCUGCUGCCUCCCGUCCCCGCACCGCCGCCCCCAAACCCGCCGCCGCCCCCUCCUCCACCACCGCUGCCACGGUGCCAGAGAAAAAGCCCCCGGUUCCACGCACCUCCCGACCCCCAACCGCCAACGCAAAGGCAGCAGCCCGACCCGGCGCGGCGCCGACCCCUGACAUCCGCAACGCCCGCUCCAAGAUCGGCUCCACGGACAACAUGAAGCACCAGCCUGGAGGGGGGAAGGUGUCAGCUGUGUCUCAGAACAGGGCUGUGGCCUCCAAAGAUCCAGGCCAGGGCAAAGUUCAGAUAGUCUCCAAAAAGCUGGACUUCAGCCACGUCACGUCACGCUUGGGCUCCAAGGAAAAUAUGAAGCAUGUUCCUGGUGGAGGGAAUGUGCAGAUUCUCAACAAGAAGGUGGACGUGAGUAAAGUGACGUCAAAGUGUGGCUCCAAGGACAACAUCAAGCACAAGCCUGGCGGUGGCGUCGUGAAGAUCGAGUCCCAUAAAGUGAACUUUAGGGACAAGGCCCAGUCCAAAGUUUCAUCCAUGGACAACGUGAGCCAUUCACCUGGUGGAGGAAACAUCAAGGCUGAGGGGGGCCAGGAGACAGCAGAGGGGACUCCCCUGAGUGGCACCCCUGCCCCAGGCCCCGAGCCGGGGCAGCCCGGGAGCCCCUCUGCCCAGGAAAACGGGCUGAAGGGCGGGGCUCCCUGUGGCGGCGAGGGCCUCAAGGAGCCCCAGGCUCUGGACUCACGCAUCCCAGAGACAAAUUGAGUCCUUCAAGCUCAACUUCCGCAGGACGGCUCGCUCUCGCACGGACCACGGCGCUGACAUCGUCACCUGGACAGCCCUUCAGGACAACGGCAGAUCUCUCACACACAGCUCCUCCUACUCCCUGCGCCACAGCCAGGACCACCUCCAGCCGCCCCCUCGCAGCGCUUCCCUCGCUGAGUCGCUGGCCUCCGCGGGCUGCUUCCUCUGCCCCUCCGCCCCCCCUCUGCUGCUUGUUCAGGUGGAGGUCCAGGGGGACGACGGCAGCUCCUUCACGGAAUCCUGACCCCACACGCAACCGUCGAGAAGACUUGUGGUCAUGAAUUAGUUCAUUUAAUGAUCCUCUCCCUCGAAUAUCAACCUCUGUCACCUCACCCCUCACCCUGGAAUGACUGUAUGGAGCUUGGAUUUGGUGGGAACCUGGCUGACCUGGAAUCAGCUAUGGCCUGGUUGUGGCAGUCUCCUCUCGUCUGUGGAGACCUGUAGUUCCCUUUCCCCUGUGACUGUUCCCAGUAAUCCCUUAACAUCAUAGUAAUUCAUGCUCAUCUUCAUCGUGACUCUUUAUCUUCCCAUAACCAAGCUGACAAACAACAUAGCUAGACAAGAAGUAAACUGUUCUAGGAUGUUUAACUCUUUAUUCUGUGUUUGUGAUGUGUUUGAGUGACUAAAGUGUCCAGUUGUGUUCUGUUCAGAUCUUCUUUUCUUUUGCUUUGGUUUCUUCUGUUCUUUCUGUUUCGUUCCUUCCUGUAUAAGCAAUACAGUGGACAGCCUUUUCUUCUCAUAGCACUUAGGAAAUCUCGGAAACACGCACAGGAUUUUGUAAACAAAGACACAAAGAGAAGGUGGAGAUGACAAUGAAGGUGAGGAGGGAGGUUUUGCUGAUGGGUAGGCGAGUAUUCAAGGGUGUUUUGCUUUAUGAGGCAAUGAGGUGUGUUUGAAACGCAACAGAGUAGGUAGCGAAGCUGAGAGUGAGCAGGUCAGAGGGAGUUGAAUGGAUGUGUGUGUCUUGUAUGUGCCUCCUGUCCUUCUUACCUGACAACUAGUGAGGAAGGACCCUGCGAAUGGAAACAGGAUAUCGUAUUUGUUGUUUCUGUCCUUUUACUUGUAGCAGGGCCAGUAUUGCACGGUGAGGUGAGAACUUGUGUGCGUUGUGGUUUAGAUCUGAGACGGUUCACAUGUUUCACUGUAACGAUCAUGAACGGUCACCUUUAAUCCCACUGCUCCCAGCUGGGCGGUCUAACACACAUGGACUAAUAACGGGUGGGAUCUUACUUCAUAUCGCAGCUCGCAUCAUUUCAGCAUAGUGUUAUAACAAGGGCUGGGUAUCAUUUAAAACAAGGGCCGACAUCAUCACAUGCUCGGUUGGGGUCAGGUCAGAUUUUGUGGACGAAUCAUCUCCAGUAAUCAAUGCAAUGGGACUAAUGCAGGUCUAGAGCUGCUUCUUGCUCUGUGCUGUCACAGUUACCUGCAGCAUCUGAACAAAAGAUGAGUAAAUGAACCAAAAGGCUGCAACCAAAACAAAGAGCUGAACGAACGGCUCAGUGGAGGUAAAGGGAGACAGACUUUAUUAUUUGGUCCAUUUGAAUUCUCAUGUUGUUUCGGUGAAGAUUGAUACCCAGCACUAGUUAUGAAACCAGUGGACUAGCAGAGGACACAGUUCUAUUUCAGUGCCUACUUCAUAUCCUGUACAGUGGGGAACCCUUCUCUGAUUGGAGCUCCGCUGUGUUGACACGCGGCGUCAAACUGCAGUAACACUCCAGACUGUUUCUGUUUAACUAAACUGCACCUUAACGCUUUAACAUGCUGACGAGGGCUCACUGUGAUGCAGUGCUUGUGUGCAAUGAGCAAUUUAAAACAAAGGAAGUAGCUUUGUUAACCCUCCACUACCCUUAACUUUCUACUUUUAUGAACACAAAUGGGCAGAACUUCUAAUUAAGGUGUGAUGAAAGAGGGACGGCUGCUUUUCUGCCAUGUGAGGAUAAGGUGAUGCUAAAAGCAGCCACAACCUAUAGUUUAAUCGCUUGUCACCUACAGUAGCUGAGGUUUGAGCUUUUAUCCCCGUAUUUACUGCUCUUAUAGAAAUUGCACACAGAUGUACAUAGAUGUUUUUUUUUUGAUGAUGCCGAAGGCAGUACAACAAGGCAAAGAGGAUGUGUUGGCUGGACAUUGAGACUGUUUAGCUCAUAUGUCCACGUACCUUUAAUGGAUCUAAGGGAGAAAGUGUGUCCUUUGGAUUAUCAUGGCUAAAGUUGCGAUUAUUAGCAUGAGAAAUUGAAAAAGUCCUUUUUCUUUCCAAGGGGUCACUAAAGGGGGAGAAUGUCUUUUGAGAUAUAUUGUACUUUUGUACAUGUGUUUAUCACUGUGUUCCUGUGGCGUCGCCGAUGGUCGUGCACAGCCAGGUUCACAAACUUUGCUGUGGAUUCAAAUUGAAAGUCUUUAAAAUCUCGUAUCAGAUUUGAUUUAAGGUGCUUUAAAACCGGCUUAAUGUAGAAAUGCUGAACUGGCAACGUGGAGCUUAAUUAACCUGAGGUUUUAAGUUUUGAGUGCACAUAAAUAAAUGAGUCGGGCCGUCAGCCCUGUCCGGAGAUGGGGAGGGUACCAGUUAGCUUUAUAAUGGCGGCUGAAGUUUUACAUGACGAACAACGAUGAAUAGAACUGAAGGAAACAGCCCAGAACAAACGCUGUUCUCACGGUGGACACUGGGAAUCAAAGAAGCAAACACUUGCUUUCGAGGUGGUUCAGUAACCAGAGUACUGCAUAUCAUAGCAACCUGCCUAAAGGGUCACACACCGAGACCCCCGCAUCUAGAACUAGCUCUAGCUGCCAGAUUGGUGUUGGCUGAUCACUGCUGCCCAACAGGCGCCGCAGAGCAUCUGCCAUCAUGCACGCGCUAACACUAGGGACCUGCUGCACCUGCAGAGCACGCUGAAGGACAACAGUGGGACGAGUUAGCUCGACUUUUUAUGUUACUUGCAGAACUUCCUCAUUGUUUGUUUGUGUGUGUGUGUGUGUGUGUUUGUUUUUUUUUCCAUUUAAUUUUAUUUUCUGGUUUGGAUAAAAGUGUUUAUUGUGAUUCCUUGUUAAUUAGUGAUGUGAUUAUUAAACAUGAAAUAAAACUGACUAAAACUCUC